CAUGCCCCAUUUGCCACUUGGCAGCACGAGAGCCAAUGCUGACCAAGUGUGGUCACCAAUUUUGCCAGGAGUGCUUGAGGCCCCUCAUUAGGGAUGGUAAUGUGACGUGUUUCAUGUGCAGAGAGGAACUGAAGAAAUCAGAAAUGUUUCUAAACAACAUGACGAAACGUGAGAUUCUUAGUUUGAAGAUUUUGUGUGAUAAGUGUGAGGAAGGCUGUAGCUGGCAAGGUGAACUGAGACAGGGUGAUGAACACAACCAGGAAUGUGGCUAUGUAGUUGAAGCGUGCAGCAAUGAUUGUGGGAAAAGGAUAAUGAGAAAGGACAUGGACUAUCACAAGCAGAAUGAAUGUAAUCGCCUAAUUGUGGGUUGUUGCUACUGUGAUACAGAGCUGGAAUAUGGACAGUUAACUGUUCACUAUGAGAUAUGUGAUAGUUACCCUGUUGACUGUCCUUAUGAGUGUGGAACGCAGGUUGCUAGGAAGGACGUGGAAGUGCACAUCAGCAGAGAGGGUGUAUGCCCCACCAGUCCUCUACAGUGUGAUUUUGCAUCAGCUGGAUGCCAGUUCAUUGGGAAUAGAGAGCAACUACAAGACCACCUGGACAAGAACAUAGUCUAUCAUCUUAGUUUGGCUAUGCAAACAGUGAGUAAUGUACAAGAGAGAUUGGCGAGUGCUGAAAAGAAUGAAGCAGAAAUGGACAAUGAGUUAGCAGCUGUUACGAAAACACUGCAACAUACAGAAAGUGAGUUAGCAGUUGUUAAGAAAACACUGCAAAAGACAGAAAGUGAGUUAGUGGCUGUUAAGAAAACACUGCAAAAGACAGACAAUGAGUCGGUGGAUGGUAACAGAACACUGCAACAGACAGAAAGUUCAGUUUCGGCUGCAGACUAUAAGACAUUCAGCAAAUUUUUGGGUGGCGAGUGCUUAAAGAAAGAUGAUCAGAAACAGUCAGUGAAGUAUGUGAAAGCUUUACUGGACAAACGGAUACAAAUUUCAUUUGAAAUGGGCGAAACUUUUGUACACCUGUGGAAGAUAGAGUCACAACAGUUAGCAGACUUGAAAUCGUUUGUAUCACGUCCGUGCACAAUUUUAUCUAACAAAUUCAACACCGUAAAUCUAGGUUUGCAUUUACAGCUUGAACUUUCUUGUCAAAGACCAUCAGUGUCGUUGAGUCCAUUUGGACAAUUUAGAGUAAUGAGACUAGAUAACUGGACAUUUGAAGCAAAGGUGUACUGUUGUGGUCAACAACUGCACAAGUCAAAGUAUUUGAUGUCAAUUUUGCUGCAUGAUAAUCAUCAUUACAGGUCAAGAGUUCAGAAAGAGAUUGACUUUAGUCUCCCAGCUACUCGUGGGCAGUUUCAUGACUUAGAAAAAGAUUGUUUGUCUGUGGUUUGUCCGAAAUUUGAAAGCAGUAGUUUCAAGAUGGAAGCUACAAAUGGGUUGUUGGUUGUCUUUGAGUUGCAAUCAAAACUCUAACCAUUUAUUAAUUUGUUGGCUACAAGUGGUUGGGAGAUAGAAGCUCUAUAAUUAGUGGACAGGUUGUGAUCAUUUGACAGUAAAAUACUUAACUUAGCUGUCUUGUGCUGGAUGCAGGAGUUCUAUACUGUUGUAUGUAUUGGGGUUUGUAGUUGGUGUAAUACAGUUACU